GGUGAGAGCCUUCAAACCACUCAGUUUCUUUCUCUCUCAAAAAAUAAUGCUUCAAAAUAAUGUUUCAACCUUCAGACCACUUGUCUCUUUCUCUCUCAAUCUUUUCACACUCUCAUUUCUUGUUUCGAUCUAAAACCUUCACCGACCAGAACCUUCUCUCUCUCUCUCUCUCCCUCUCUUCAUCCUUCUCCCUCGUCUCCUCUCCGGAUCCACCAGCACCACUAGUAGCAGAUGGAUGAUACGGAAGAAACCGAGAUCAUUCUCUCUCUCUCUCUCUCUCUCUCUCUCUCUCUCUCUCUAUCACAAGCCCCUCUUCGCAUAUCACAAAGAAGAUGAAAACAAACAUGAGAACCAAGAUCGUAGAUCAUUCUCCCCCAUUUCACAGAUCACAGAUCAAGGAGCCCUAUUUGAGCCCCAUUCGCAGAUCGCAGAAAUCGAAACAGAGUUGUCACCAAAAAUCGAAACCUCGUCUCAAAUCCAUCAACCACCAGAAAUUUCUGGUAUUUAUUGUUUAAAAUUCGUUUGAAAUUUCUUAUUUGCAUUGCAAUUGUUUGAUUAUUGUUAUUGUUGUUGUUGUUGUUUGUGAUUUUUUUUUUUUUGGAAGGGUUUGGUUGUUGAAAUAAUUUAUGUUUAAAAAAAAUUCUAUUUUAAACAAUUUCUAUUUAAAAAAAAUUAGUGAAUUUGGUUUUACAAAAAAUUAACUCUGUUUUGCUAGGAAUGAUGAGGGAUGGAAUGAAGAAAACGAUUGAUUUUUGGUGAGUUGGCACAUUUGGCAGUUGCCAAAGUUGGUGCCAAAUUUGGCAACAGAUUUGGCAGUUGCCAAAUUUGACAGCUGUUAUAGCAUGCCAUUGGAGAAGCUAUUUUUUCCCAAGCUGCCAUAUUAUAGCAGCUGUUUUAGCAAUGCAUUGGGGAUGCUCUAACCUUGGUUAACACUUCCCAACAAUCCCAUCCAAAACGCACUUCCCAACAAAACCCAACAUCUAUACUAUAUAAUAACUAUCUAGUUAUUUUCCAACUACUUUCUAUUGCAAACACAACCAAAAUAUUGCUAGUAUGGAACAAACACCCCAUAUAGCCAUUCUACCGAGUCCAGGUUUGGGUCACCUCAUCCCACUAGCCGAGUUUGCCAAGCAACUUGUUCACCGCCACAGCUUCUCCGCCACUUUCAUCAUCCCCACUGCCGCCCCACCGUCCUCAGCUCAAACCGCAGCCCUCGAAUCCCUACCCAAAUCCAUAAACUACCUCUUUCUUCCUCCAAUCACCUUCCACGACCACUUCGAAGGCCCUGAGGCCGUAACACAAAUCGCCCUCACGGUAAUUCGCUCUCUUCCUUCGUUUAGCGAGGUUUUGGAGUCACUCAUUGCCACCACCAAGUUAGUUGCUUUAGUGGUUGAUUACUUGAGCACCGAAGCAAUUCAUGUAGCAAAACAGUUUUGUAUCUCCUCUUACUUGUUCUCUCCCUCGCCGGCCAUGGCUUUGUCUUGGUGCUUCUUCUUUCCAAAGCUUCACGAUCAGUUAGUUUCUGAUAAUUACAGAGACCUUCCUGAAUUGGUCCAAAUACCAGGCUGCGUACCGGUUCAUGGUAGAGACCUUGUGGUGGACCUGGUUCGAGACCGCGACACUGUGGCCUAUAAAUGGAUUCUUCACCAUUGCAGACAGUUCAGUCUUGCUGAUGGCAUAAUCCUAAACAGCUUUAUGGACUUGGAACCGGGACCCAUAAAGGCUUUGCAAGGAGAUGAACCAGGAAUCCCACCGGUUUAUCCAAUUGGACCAAUUGUCCGAGCCGGUUCAAGUAAUCCGCUCGAGCGGUCAGAGUGUUUACAGUGGUUGGACAUCCAGCCACGUGGCUCGGUCUUAUUCGUCUCGUUCGGGAGUGGUGGGACUCUCUCAAAUGAUCAACUCAAUGAACUAGCCCUAGGGUUGGAGGUGAGUGGUCAUAGGUUUUUGUGGGUUGUAAAGGGUCCAAAUGAUAGUGCCAAUGCUACAUAUUUCAGUGUCCAAAGCCAAGAUGACCCUUUUGGUUUCUUGCCAAAUGGGUUCAUGGAGAGGACCAAAGAGCGAGCUCUACUGGUCCCAUCUUGGGCACCACAGGUUGAGAUCCUGAGUCAUGGCUCAACCGGUGGGUUCGUGACUCACUGUGGUUGGAACUCGGUUUUGGAGAGCGUUGUCAACGGCAUACCAUUGAUUGCUUGGCCACUCUUUGCUGAGCAAAAGAUGAAUGCGGUGAUGCUAAGUGAGGGUUUGAAAGUGGCACUGAGACCAAACAUGAACCAGAAUGGGAUUUUGGGUAGAGAUGAGAUUGCAGAAGCUGUGAAGGCUCUAAUGGAAGGAGAUGAAGGAAAGAUGCUUAGAAAUCAUAUGUUGGAAUUAAAGGAAGCUGCUCUAAAGGUCCUAAGCAAUGAUGGGUCUUCCACAAAGUUACUCUCAGAGUUGGCACAUAAGUGGAAGAGUGUUGGAAGCAUUUUAGAUGAUCAGCAAUGCUAGUGGAGUCUUUGAAGUUGCUGCUGCUGUUGCCGCCUUAUUGAGAUUGCUGUUAUGCUGCUUGCUGCUUUUUUUGGACUAUUCUGCCUCCUGCUAUUGUUUGUUUCUUACUACCGUAUGUUGUUGGUUGGCUUCCCACCAAUAUGUGGUGUGCUAAUAUAUGAUUAGAUCUGCUUUACUAUGCCAAUUUCAUUGGGAUUACUUAAUGAGGUAUGUUAGGAAUUUUAAAUAAUUUAUUAAUUUUUUUACUAAAUUUUUUAUA